AUGGCCUCCCGCGACUCUUCCAAGCUUCCGCAAAUAAACUUCUCCGGCCUUUCCCUCGCAAGCUCCGGCAGCGAGGAGUGGACCACGGCGCGAUCGCAGGUCAUGCGAGCACUCAGUGAACUCACCGCGUUCGAGAUAGUGUACGACACGAUCACUCCGGAGAUAAGAGAGGCGGUAUUUGGCAAGGCGUUGAAGGAGUUAUUUGCUUUGCCAAAUGAGGCCAAGAUUCGAACUAAUUGCCCCGAAACGCCUGGCCACAAUAACUACAGCGUCGUUCUGGGCUCCGAUUACGAAGCCCUCACCAUCCCCGACUUUAACGUUGGCCGUAACUUCGAUAAGUUCGUCGGCCUUUUAAUGGGCGAGAAAGGCAAUCCAGAGUUUCGGGACGUUGUGUACACCUUCAUGAUGCUUCUAAUGGAAGUGGACCAAAUGGUGAGAAAAAUGAUAUUUGAGGGGUUUGGAGUGGAGAAAUAUUUUGACAAACAUUUGGAAUCUUAUGAGCAUUACAUGCGAUUCUCCCACUAUGGGCCUCCGAAGACCCGCGACCAGCCUGCGAAUUCCCUAGCCGUCCAUACCGAUAUGGCGUUCAGUACCGUCCUCUGCCAACAUGAAGAGGAGGGGCUUGAGAUUCUCACUAAGGAUGGAUCCUGGAUCACACCGUCACGCAACUCUCUCACCUUUAUGGUCGGUGACGAGUUAUCUGUGUUGUGCAACGGACGUUUUGAGCCGACUAUUCAUCGGGUGACAACCAGGGGUAACGGACACCGUUACAGUACAAACUGUUCAUCAGUUCCAAAAAAUGAGACAGUCGUGCAACCUCCAGAAGAAUUGGGGGAGUAAAACACAAUCCGAAUGCUCUUAAGGUUUUCUCUGGCAUAAGUACUGCAGCCAGGGAAGGAAAAGCUGAAGCUAAUUGAGUUCCAUUUACG